ACUUAAGAACCUCUUAAACAUGAUAAGAAGGAUGUUAAGUAAAUAUGAAAAUGGAGAGCCUCCUUUCUGUGGAGAUAUAAAAACCAGUCAAACGGAAAUGGAUAUUCAGAUUAAUAUGCUAAAACAGAAGAUUGGUGAUCUUAGAGCAAGACUGGAAACUGAAUCUUCAAGAUGUGUACACCUGGAUGCAAAAAAUCAAGUUCUUCAACAGGAGCUAUUAUCUAUGAAAGCAACAGAGAGGAAAUGUGAAAAACUAAAACAGAUGAAAAAGAAGUUGGAACAAAAAGUAGUAAACCUCAGAAGUCAUGUAGAAGUCAAUGUGCUGGAACACAGUCAAGUAGAAAAGUCUAAAUGGGAGAUUAAACAGGAGGUUGACCAUAGAGUAAGACUGAUUGUAGAAGAAAAAAUAAAAGAAGUCAAUCGAUUUUUACGGAUACAAGCAGCAUAUGAAGAAAAGUUAGAACAGUUUAGAGAAAGUCAUGAUGCUUCAAAAAGAAGUCAAAUGGCACUCAGAAUUGAAGAGCUGGAAUCUGAACUUCAAUCCAAAAUAAGAAAUUCUCAGGAACUUGAAAUUGAAUUGGAAAAGUACAGGCAACUCUACCUACAAGAAUCAAAAAUGCGAAUGUCAUUGACAGAACUGAGCAA